UAAUUGACUGAGCCGCCCGCAUACCUGCCGCUCACACAGCACUGCUUGCGGCAAACGCUACCCUCCAACGCUUGCCUGUCUACACCACUCUCGUCUCGCCAAAGAUGCCCUCCGUUCCCGAGGGAGGUCGUCUCCUCCUCAUUUCCAACCGCCUUCCCAUCACCAUCAAGCGAUCCGAAGAUGGAAAGUUCGACUUCUCCAUGUCCUCCGGCGGACUUGUCAGCGGCCUGAGCGGCCUAUCCAAGACCACCACCUUCCAGUGGUACGGCUGGCCCGGCAUGGAAGUCCCCGAGAACGAGAUCCCGACCCUCAAGAGCCGUUUAAAGGAAGAGUACAACGCCGUCCCGGUCAUGCUAGACGACGAGCUUGCAGAUAGGCACUACAAUGGCUUCUCAAAUUCCAUCCUUUGGCCGCUUUUCCACUACCAUCCCGGAGAGAUUACCUUCGACGAGUCGGCUUGGGAGGGAUACAAGGAGGCAAACCGCUUGUUUGCGAAGGCAAUCGCCACCGACGUUCAGGACAAUGAUUUGGUUUGGGUGCAUGACUACCACCUCAUGCUUCUGCCAGCAAUGCUGCGCGAAGAGAUUGGCGACACCAAGAAGAACGUGAAGUUUGGCUUUUUCCUGCACACUCCGUUCCCGAGCUCCGAAAUCUAUCGCAUCCUUCCCGUUCGCAAUGAGAUUUUGCUCGGCGUGUUGCACUGCGAUCUGAUUGGGUUCCAUACGUACGACUAUGCGAGGCAUUUCCUCAGCAGCUGCUCCAGGAUACUAGGACUGCCCACGACACCAAACGGAGUCGAGUUCCAGGGCAAGGUGAUAACGGUCGGCGCUUUCCCUAUCGGCAUUGACCCGGAAAAGUUCGAGGAAGGCCUGAAGAAGCCCAAGGUUCAGGAGCGGAUCGCCACUCUUGAGCGCAAGUUCCAAGGCGUCAAACUGAUUGUGGGAGUCGACCGUCUCGACUACAUCAAGGGUGUUCCGCAGAAGUUGCACGCUCUAGAGGUGUUCCUCACCGAACACCCGGAGUGGAUAGGCAAGGUUGUCCUGGUACAGGUGGCUGUCCCUAGUCGGCAGGACGUCGAGGAGUACCAGAACCUGCGAGCCGUGGUUAACGAGCUGGUCGGCAGGAUCAACGGGAAGUUCGGCACGAUCGAGUUCAUGCCCAUCCACUUCAUGCACAAGUCGGUCUCGUUUGACGAGCUGAUUGCGCUGUACGCCGUAUCGGACGUGUGUCUUGUCUCGUCGACGCGCGACGGCAUGAACCUCGUCUCGUACGAGUACAUUGCGUGCCAGCAGAAGAGGCAUGGCGUCAUGAUCCUUUCCGAAUUCACGGGUGCUGCGCAGAGUCUGAACGGAAGCAUCAUUGUGAAUCCCUGGAACACGGAGGAGCUGGCGGAUGCAAUCCACGAUGCCGUCACGAUGGGCGAGGAGCAGCGUCUGUACAACUACCAGAAGCUGGCCAAGUACGUGAACAAGUACACGAGUGCAUGGUGGGGCGAGUCGUUUGUCAACGAGCUCACGCGCAUCUCGGAGCAGGGCAAGGGCAGGAACGUCAAGAUCCGGCCGGGCGCCAUCACGGAGGGCAAGACGGAUUAUGCAGCUGCUGAGGAGGCGGCCUCGAUACCGAUCCGGCCCAAGGAGGCGGAGGCGGAGGUGAAGCCGGAGCAGUAGUCGUAGUGAUUGGCGAUAAAGGAAUGCAUAGAAGGGUGAGCCUUUUCUUUUCCUCCCUCGUAGUUUGCGGCUAGAGAUUUAUUAUCGCGGGCA